AUGGCGACACAAGUGUCCAUCCAUUCGUGUCCAUCGCCGACAGUGGCGGCCGAUAUCGUAUCGCCGGUCAAUCACUUGCCGCACAAUUGUCUCAUCGAUCAGGACUUCGGAGGACAGCAUUUAAUAGUGGACAACAACGUCGGCAGAGGUGACGCUCACCAUCAGCAGCACCUCCAACAACAACAGCAUCUGCAGCCACAACAACACCAGCAGCCGAUGCCAGUGCUGUUGCGGACAUCGAUCGCCCGCUCCAUCUACGAGCGAAUGCAACGCGAAGAACAGCUCCGCUUCUUCGACAAGACUAAGUGGUACUCAAUCGACAGGCAUUUGGUCACCGAUGAGCUGCACCGCACGUUCCGGCCGUCGGAUUAUGACUGCGAGACCCGUGAGUUCGUCGACUUGUGUUACCAGAAGAGCGACCAAUACUUUACGCAUCUGUUCCACUCGAUCGCCCGCACAAUACUCUGUCUCUUCAUGUCCUCCACUUCGGUGAACGGACUGCUCGGUCGCGGAUCGAUGUUUGUGUUCAGCGAUCAACAGUUCCGCACUCUUCUCAACGACGACGCGAUGUCGUCGGCCGUAGAGGCAGUCGAUUCCGGUCAACGCAAUGGCGACUACUGUUCGCCGAUAGACCUGAGCGGCGCUCCGAUGGACACUUCUAGCGAUCACCGGAUUCUUAUCGAUUUGGGCGCCGGAGACGGAAAGAUCACCGAAAUUAUGUCGAAAUACUUCCACAAGACGUAUACCACAGAGAUAUCGUCAGUGAUGCGCAAGAUAUUGCUGAAGAAGGGUUACCACGUGUUGGAUGUGGAGGAUUGGCACGAAAACGGGCGCCAAUACGACGUGAUCUCGUGUCUCAACGUAUUGGACAGAUGUGACAGACCGUUGUCGAUGUUGGCCGACAUGAAGUCGGCGCUGAGGCCCCGCACCGGACGUAUUGUGUUGGCGCUGGUGUUGCCGUUCAGCCAAUACGUUGAGGUGAGCGCUACCGACAAUCACCGCACAGACCACCGGCCGUCGGAAGUGUUGGCCAUCGAAGGCCACACAUUCGAGGAGCAGUUGGUGUCGUUCGUGGAUCGGGUACUUCGGCCGAACGGACUCCAAGUGGUGACGUGGACUAAAGUGCCCUACCUUUGCGAGGGAGACCUCGAGCUCACCUACUAUUGGCUGUACGACGUGGUAAUGGUGCUCAAGACUGCGGACCAGUAG